GUUGUAUUUUGAGUGUCGCGGAUUUAGCACCUCUGGUUUUUUUUUUUUUGUGGCUAGGACUGCGCGAGUGCCAAUUACCUAGCAAUUAUAUGGUGUGCCUUCAAGAUGCGACUGCCCGUCUGACCUUCCAACCCGCGAACGGAAAUCCAGCCCAAUACAGGUACUUCUUCAAAAUGACAGACAAAAAGGAUAGCAUAGCUAUCGACAACUUCAAAUCCACGGCAGACUUGACAAGCAAUCUAGGGUUUCAGUCAAGUCUCAGCAUCGCGUCCAAAGAUGUUGUUGGAGAUGAGAAAAAGUACAAUCCAUUCGAACAUCGACAAGUGGAACAUCCAAAUUCGAGUUUGGGAUCGAUCCUCCACCUUCUGAAAGCGUGCCUUGGGUCUGGCAUUCUCGCUAUGCCUGCAGCGUUUAAGAAUUCAGGUCUUGUUGUAGGGAGCAUAGGAACCCUUAUAGCUGGGUUUAUUUGCACUCACACUGUUGCUAUGGUGGUGAGGACAUCACAAGAAGUAUGCGUAGACGCAAAACAGCCGUCAAUGGGUUACGCGGAAACUUGUGGGGCAGCAUUUACACACGGACCCAAAAGUGUUCGGUCUUGGGGUCCUUUUGUGAAAACUGUGGUGGACUACUCCUUGACGUUAACAUACUUCAGUGUGUUGUGUGUCUACGUUGUAUUCAUCGGGUCAUCGUUUAAGGAGGUCAUUGACGUCUACUACCCCGAUUACAAGCUAUCUGCAUCGACAUACUGCGCACUGACUUUGUUACCAUUGGUUUUGAUCAGUCAGAUUCGAAACCUGAAGCACUUGGUACCAUUCUCAGCGAUCGCCAACGUUCUCAUUGUGGUGGUCUUUGCGAUUACCAUGUACUUCGUCUUCGUGGAUUUGCCAUCGCCCAGUGAAAGAGAUAUGGUUGCUGAUAUCAGCCAGUGGCCUUUGUUCUUUAGCACUGUGAUAUUCGCAAUGGAAGGUAUUGGCGUGGUGAUGCCUAUCGAAAACGAGAUGAAGCAUCCGCAGCAGUUCCUGGGAUGCCCUGGAGUCCUCAACAUUGCUAUGGUCAUCGUCAUCGCCCUUUACGGUACCUUUGGGUUCUUCGGCUACGUACAGUACGGCGACAACGUGAAAGGAAGCAUCACCUUGAACCUGCCUCAGGAUUACAUUAUUGCUCAAAGUGCGAAAAUCAUCAUGGCUGUUGUGAUAUUCUUCUCCUACGCUCUCCAAUUCUACGUGCCCAUGGAAAUGAUAAACAGGAUACUGCAAAAAAGACCGUCAAGAUUUGAAAAUAUUAUACAAGUAGCAGUUAGAACCUCUAUUGUCAUUGUCACUGUCGCCAUCGCAGCUGCCUUCCCGAACCUCGAGUUAGUCAUCGGCCUUACAGGCGCCAUCUUCUUCUCGACUCUCGGUCUUCUCUUCCCUGCCAUCAUCGACACCUUCUACCGCUGGGACCGUGACCUUGGCUGCUGCAAUUAUAUCUUAUGGAAGAACCUCAUCAUUAUUAUCAUUUCCCUCAUAGCUCUGGUAUCAGGGUCUUAUGUUGCCAUCGUCGCUAUGAUUGAAGACUUGGCUGGUGGGGGGCACGAAAACCAUGAAAGUCACGUCAACGAAACAUUGGCAUCUUAGAAUAUAAGUACAAAAGCAGGUAUCAGUGGUAAUGUGCAGUAAAGCCACAGAACAAGGAAUUUAUCAAUAAUUUUUAUUUCAAUAAAACAGUAAGGUCUGCUUUAUGCGAGCGGUGUAAGAAUGAUUGUUUUUGCUUUAAAAUACAAAGUACAAUCUGUAAGUUAAUACACUAAUAUUGUGACUAUACCUAUCAAUUAAGAUUCGGUUGUAAAUGUAAAAUAUGUAUGUGAAGUAAUGUAACACACGACUAGAAAAAGUGAUUAAUUAAGUAGUUUUAUUACAAGACCCAUUCGAUUUGGGUAAUUAUUUAAAAUAAAAAUAUACGUAACACUUAUACUAUUAGGUAUAAGUACCGCCAAAACGUUCCAAUGAAACCAACCGACAUAUUAUAACAUGAUAAUAUGAAGAGGUAAGCAUUGUUAGCCACUGCAAUAUGUUAGUGAAUGAAGUACUGUUUUGAAGACGGUGUAUUUACACUCGGUCAAUUAUUAUUUAUUUACAUAUGUAAUAUAUAUAUGUCCCUACAUAUGUAGGGACCGAAGGCUUCGGCAAAUAGUCGUACGAUGUUUAUUUUGUUAUAUUGAUUUAGAUAUACAUAGAUAUACUUAGAUAUACAUAGCGUCGCGUCCCACACAGUACGGUACCAGUGAUGGGCCGUUCCCGGGAAUUUUCCCAAAGUGGGAAUUUUAUGUAGUAAACACAAUGGCUACUGUUUUCUUUUUUCAAUUUUUUCUUGAGACGCUGAUCCUAUCUGCCUCAAAGCCAGAUAAUAAAUCUCUUUUUACCGACUUCAAAAACGGAGGAGGUUCUCAAUUCGACCGUAUAUAUAAAUAUUUUUUUUAUUACUUAUCUUUUGUGCCUUUUUACUGCCGGAAAGGUUUUAUUUGGCUAUGCUUGUACUAUAAUGCUCAAUAAAUAUUUCAAUCGAAUAUCAUUUGAAUUGAACUGUUUUAGCGGUAGAAUCCUUUAGUUCGUGACACUUAGGUUUUGUUAUCUCGAAGACUAAACUAUUUUUGGGGUACCACUGAACAUAUUUAUCAAAAUGAGGAAAAGUUCAGUCACUGAGCCCAGCGAAUCAUUUGUAAACAGUGGUGAAAUUAUGAACCAUUAGUUUAUGUUUUUGUAGGUGUUUUUGGUCUAUCACAGAAACGGCAUGACCAGGAGCUCUUAAGUGCAACCAGUUAAUUUAUUACUUUGCAAAAGAAAAAACUAGAAACUGAUUGGACUUUUGUAGCUUAUCGUACCUACUCCAGAGUAACAGACUACAGACUACAGAGUAUUGAAAACUUAGUAUUCUAUAGUAAGAAUAGGAUUCUAUUUUAUAGGCAUAAGUUAGGUGCUAUUAAGCAAGUAGUAAACAGAAUGGGCGCUUUAACUGGAAAACUUCUAAUUGUUGUACACACUUUGAUACUUAGAACUUUGAAAACAUAUUUAUUUAAGUAAUUACUUACGUAUGUCUUGCUUAGUACAUUAUGUUAGUUUACCACACGGAAUAGCUUUCUGCCGUUUUGUGAGUUACCUUUUUUGUUUGGUAUUAUAACAGGAUUCUAAGGAAAUAUUCUACAUUUUCGAACCUUUGAAUUUUAGAACGAAUGAUGAGACUACAUACAUAACAGCAUCACACCUUUAUCCCCAAACGGGUAGGUAGAGGUAUAUAGUAGACCUCCUCCUCCCCUCCUCUCUCCUCCUCCUCCUCCUCCUCCUCUCCUCCUCUCUCUCCUCCUCCUCCUCCUCCUCUAAUCUAAUAGGUGUCGAACCUAUUGCUGGAAACCAUGUGGUAUCAAUUGUUUAUGAUCCAAAUAUGAAUUCAAACUCAUAAAGUCGAAUUCAGUUGUUUAAAUCCCGAGCCGGGAUUCGAACCCUUGAUACUACGAUGUGAGUCCCGCGUUCUCCGAACAGGACUAUCACGGAUUUGUAGACUACAGAUCUAUAUUAAUAUUUACCUAAGUAUAUCUUUUUAUCUACAAUGUGUAUUUCUUGCGCCAAUUAUGCGAUUUGUAAUUUAGCAGAACGAACGUCUGUUCGAUAUUGUACAGGCGAGCUGACUAUCUAGACACAAUACAGGGUGUUAGUGACAUCGUAACGAAAACGAAUCAGGAAUGAUUCAGACCAUGCUUCUGAGUUAAUAUAGAAUUUAAAGUAAAUAUAUUAGGUUUAUGCUCUAUGGAGCAUAAUCGGAGGGGGUAUGCCCCGUCCGGUUCAUAAAGGGUAGGCCUGUGCCCAGCAGUGGGGCGUACCUAUAUAGGCUGUUUAUGUUUGUUAUGUAUGUUACGAUGACGUCACGCAUACAACUGUAAUAUUCGAUAAGUGUAAAAAAUACUGAUCGAAUACUUAGCAUCGUUUUGUAGAAAAAACAUGUCGAAAAAACGUUUCGUCGGAGUAGAGUAGUAUCGAAGUUAAGACGUCGUAACAACGUAUUGUCGGAAUAAAGAAGUAUCGGAAUAAAGAAGUAAUUUUCAUAAUGCCGUAGUAAAAUUUUGUUGGAUAACAGUUUGUCGAAAUUCAGUUUUUGACCCAACUUCCGCCUCGUGGCAAUAAAACCUUUACGUUACCUGUACAUUUGGUGCUUAUUGAUUUAUAUUGUGAACACAGCGGCUUAUAUUGCGAGAGAAGAAAGUGUUGAAAACCUGUAACGUACCUAUUAUUGCAGUUUGCUAAAUGGCGCGUCACUAAUUUUGUUUAUUUUCUUUUAGCCUUUAUUAUUGUCAAGAUGUUAAUUACAGAGUAAAAACAUGUACGUACUGUAUCUAUUAUUUAAGGUUCCGCUUGAUGUGAUUACAAAAUGUUUUUUAGAAUCACUCUAAAACAGAAAGUACAAUGUUUGUGAUUAAGUAGAAACUACUUAAAUAAAUAACUAUUAAGAUGA